CCCUUGGGCCUUCGAUGCCCCCAACUUUACGAGAUGAAGGUGUGGCUUUACUGAAAUACCCAUUUCAUUGGAAUCUCCGGCCCGGCCGGCGGAUUUCCUCACUCCUCCGAGCAUCUGCGUCCGAUUCUCUUUCUUCUCCCCGAUCUGAGGCGUUCUCCGGCGAGCCUCCGCCGGAAGGAAGUGGUGGCGGAGAAUCUUUUUCUUCUCGUUCUUCCUCUCCUUGCCCUAGUCUGUUUCAAAUCGUAGCUGCAUGAUGGGAUUUUCUCUCACCCCGAUGAAAUCUUCGAGUCGUCUUCUGUGGAGUACCAGUUUCUUCCGCCACAAGACCGUCUCCGUCGUCGCUUUAUUCUUCUUAUAGACUGAUAAACCUAACCCCUUCGAUCGAUCGCCGGAUCAAGAAACGAGGGAGAAUAGUACAUACUUUUAGCUAGCAGCGAGUGAACGGGAAGGGAUACCUUCUCUGGGAUCUAGAUCUGGACGUCGAUCGUAAGAUUCGAGUGAUGGGGAUGGAUUCCGGAUGUCUGAUCUUCGAUUCCUCUUUCUUUUCCGCUUCCUCAUCUUCUCCGGGCGGCCGCUUGAUACUCUUGGGCAGCGCGAACUCGGGCUCUGAGGGGAUAGCGGAGGAGGGCAGAGCAAGCAAGCGCCGCCCGUUCUUCACGUCGCCGGAUGAGAUUUACGAGGAGUACUAUGAGGUGCUUCCGCCGGAGAAGAAGCGCCGCCUCACCUCGGAGCAGAUACAAAUGUUGGAGCGGAGCUUCGAGGAGGAGGACAAGCUAGAGCCGGAACGCAAGAGCGAGCUGGCUAAGAAAUUGGGGUUGCCACCGAGGCAGGUGGCUGUGUGGUUCCAGAACCGCCGUGCCCGGUGGAAGAACCAACAGGUGGAGCGUGACUUCGACCGUCUCAAGGCUUCCUAUGACGCACUCCUCCUUGACCACGAUGCCCUUCUGGAGGACAACAACCGCUUGCGUUCACAGGUCAACUUAUUGUUAGAAAAGCUGCAAGCAAAUGAACAGGGUGCAGUAUCUGGAGUCACUAGUCUCACUCCGGAUGAUCAGGCAGCAUCUAGUGGUAACAUAAUCGCCCUGAACCUGAGCAUCCAGCAGAAGGUGGACGAUCUAUUGAGCACAGGCAGCGGCGGAAAUAAUGCGAUGGAUGAAGUAGAUGCUCAUCACUUGGUGGCGGACAGCCGGCAGCCUUUAAUCCUCCCUGAGAACUACCACUGCAUGGGACUGCGUGAGACAGGUCUACAUUCUGAUCAGGACGACGUGAGCGACGAGGGCUGCAACUACUAUCCCGGCGGUGCCGUGACAGAGUACCAGAAGCAGGAGGAAGCCCAGCUGGAGAAUUGGUUGGAUUGUGUGGAAAGAAUUCUCCUCCCUUGAGAAGCUCCAACGAUCAAGUUGACGUUUAGCAGUCGAAAGCAUGAUAUAUAUAGCUUGGUUUCCACCUGCUGUUGCUUCAUCUUCAUCAUUAGUAUUCAUUAUGUCUGUGAGUGGAUGAUGUUGUUGGACGUGUGUAGUAAGUCCUAUGUAUGUUGGAUUGCUUGGGAAUCAAACUGUUUACUUUCUCUGUUGA